GUCGGCCAAGACGGAUAAGUGGAAAGCGCUCAGACGCUCUUGUCGCAGUCCAAGUGCUCACCGGGUCUCGGAAUGAUGCGCUAAAUUAGGCGGAGUUCGGGGGGGAAAAAAAAUAAACAAAAAAACACCAUCGCGGGCACAUUACAAAGGUAUUAAGAACGGACAUUCGUCUCUCUCAGAGGACCAAUCUAAAUCUGCCAGCAUGAUGAAAGAAUGCCUGCAAUUCCUCAUCGAACCGGCCAAAAAGCUGAAGAGCCGACUCAAGGAGUCCAGCAAGCGAGCGAGGCUGGGGAAAAAAGAGCAGCUGGUGGAAAGCCAAUUAUUUAUCAUGGAGCUGGCUCGAGAACUCAGCAGAAUUUGCCAGAGGGCCAAUGUUCUCCAGCAUAUAUGGGCCGGUGAGGACGUAUGGCCGGCCGGCACGUGUCGGGAUUUUAUUGCGGAGUGGGCCGCUGCGGUGGAGAAAAAAGUGCAGUCAAAAGUUAGCCUGUUGGAUUGCCGCUACCACAAGCCAGAGAAGAAGGACUGGAGGGGUCACCUCCUUUGCAUCCUGGAAGGGGAUUGCGAGAUGGGGCCUCACAAGAGCGUCAUCAUGGAGUGGACGCGGGAAAUGAAAAGCAGGCCUCAGGCCACCGUGUGGCCCGGUGAGCCGGUGCUUAUGAUGCUGGACGAUUUGGAGUUCCAGUGGAAGAGGGAGCGGCUGCCCAAUCUGCUCCUGGCUCUGGAGCUUGUCAUGCUGGUUGUGCUGAAUGCAGACAGGCCUGUCAAGGAGGAUGUGACGAAGGAAUGGCUGGUCAGAAAGCAGAGGAAUCACAACAUAGAUGCUGUCCCUUACAUCCCUCAUGGCGUGUGGAACUGGAUCUGGGAGGCCUCAGAGGACGUGAUGCUGGACCCAGACUCAGCCAACCCGGACCUGCUCAUCUCCAGCGACGAAAAGAGCAUGCGAUGCGGCCUGGAACGGCGCGACGUCCCGUGUUGCGCCGCCCGCUUCGACGGCUGGUGGUGCGCCGCCGGUCAGGACGGCUUCGCCUCGGGUCGCCACUACUGGGAGGUGGAGGUAGGCCAGCGGGACUGGCGCUUGGGCGUGGCCAAGGCGUCCGCCGUCAGACGCGGUUUCCGCUCUCUCAACACCGACACGGGCUACUUGAGCCUUCGCCUGGAGAGGGGCAAGGAUCUCAAGGCCUUGACGGUGCCCGCCACUUGGCUGCCUCUGACGCUGGCGCCCAGGAAAGUUGGCGUGUACCUGGACUACGAGCAGGGCCAGUUGUCCUUCUACGACGUGGACAAGCGCUCCCACGUGUACACCUUCAACGACAAGUUCACGGAGGAGCUUGUCCCCAUAUUUGGGACUGUGGAGGUGCUUAAGGACCUGGUGAUCAGGCCAGCGGGGGUCAAACAACGGUGUUUCUGCCCCGGACCGUGCCUCUGGAACUAACUCACUCAACGACGCUCUUUUGUUAGGCAGGCUGGCAUAAGAUGGAGGCAAAGCACGACAAAUGAUGCAAGACAAUAGUGGAAAAACACUACCUUUGCCUCAAUACAACUCCUCAAUUCAACAUCAGUUCCCUGGCAUGGACCUAUCAAAAGAAGUGGCAAAGUUUUGUUAAUAGUAAGUAGUUCAUCAAUUCCAAGAAAGCGCUAGGCUCAGGAUGACUUUGAUUGAUACUGGGACUGAUUUGUGAUUUUUCAAAGGGCUAAAUUCUCGACUUGGGUUGCUAUCGUGGAUUUUCUUUGGAUCAUAUACAUUUGCAUUCGGUGGAAUUGCUUUUUAUACCGUUUGUGAGAGUUGAAUCCUUUUUUUUUUUUUUUAACAUGGGCUAUUUGCAGGCUGGCUAUUUGUUGUCCAUGGAGCUUGAUCCAUAUACUGACUGACGAAAGGCAAAGGAAGAAAAAGCGCAAGCUAAACCUGACCAUUUGUAUGCAUUCUGCUUUGCUUUGCCUGCUUUCUUUGCAUCUAUGCCAACGCUGUUUCCCUGACUACAUCAAUAAAUAACCCGAACGACAUUCUUUUCGAUCUUUAUUAAGUGCAACAGAUCUGACAUACAGACAAAAAGCGCAUUUGUGUAAAAAGUGAUCUUUUUUCAAUGUAUUCCAUUUUUCCACGUUCGGCCCAACAUAUGGAAUUUUUGUAAAAGCAAAGCUAUAGAAGGAAAAUGCUUGACUAUAUUUGUGCACUAAAGCAAAUACAAUCUUUUUGUCUUAUAUAUGCAAUUCCUCCAAAUGAACAGCUCUUAUUAAUGCAUU